AUGUACAACCAGAGUGAUGACUUUCACUCGAGCAGUAAAAACCCCGUCCAGUGUCAGCACGGCUGGGACUAUGACGAUACGUGGUUCUCGCUGACGGUCCCUUCGCAGAUGAGCUGGGUUUGUGACAACAGGCACGUAACAAAUGACGUCUUGUUCUACGCACAGAAUAUCGGAGUGGCUCUGGGACUGCUCUUUGGGUAUAUAGGCGACAGGUGGUUCCCGGAGUCUCCGCGGUGGCUGGCGUGCAGAGGUCGUGAGGAGGACGCCCUGAGGCUGUUGAAGCGCAUCGCCACUACCAACGGUGGACAACUGCCACCUUACGCUCGGCAGGUGAUGCGGAACGUGGGUAAGGCCCAGAGGGACAGGAAGGGCUUCCUCAGCCUCUUCUCUAGCUGGAACGUCUUCAAGAAUACUGUGCUCCUAAUUACGGCAAGAUCUACGCACCUGCUUACGCUGCAGUCUAUAGUGAUGAUGUCUGGUGGCGUGGGCGUGAACCCGUUCCUGUCAGUGGCAGCACAGGGCGCAAUCCAGCUGCCCGCCUACUGUGUCGUCCACUUCACUGCUGCGUGCUUCGGCCGCUGCUGGUCCGCCGUGGGCAGCGCCCUUCUGUCUGGGAUCGCCGCAGCGGCCGUCUCCUUCAUGCUGACUGCUAACUUCAGCGGUCUGGCCAUCACGCUGAUGAUGGUGAUAACGCAGUUCUUCAGGACGGGCACCAACGGAAUGGCCAACCUGCAGAGCGUGGAAGUGCACCACACGUGCCUGCGACAGAUCGCCGCCUGCGUCGAGUGGACCGCUGCUGGCGUCGUCAUGUCUGCCCUGCCAUACGUGGCCCUCAUGGAAUUGAUACUAGACAGACAGGAGAGGGAACAGCGCGAACGUGAUCGCGAACAACGUGAGAAAGACAGAGACAAGUUUUUAUCAGAGUUAAAAACGGAUAUGACAACAUAG